CAAUAAAGUCCCACCCAGAGGAAGAACUUAAAUGGGCCAGUUACAGCUUAAGGAAUUUAGAGACUGAGUGUGCUAUUCAGUGUAAUUGAUUUGUUACUGAAAAUGCUGCCAUGGUCAAAGUGUAAUUUUUGGUAAAAGGGAAAUUUUAGUUUUAAACCAGGUCUUCAAAGGGUGAAGUAUAUCGACGAAGGAAAAGAGAAUUCUGAAGCAAACCACAGGUGUUCAGUUAAACUGACAGCCUGGAUAAUUUAUUUUAUUCACAUCUCUUUGCACAGAGUUAAAUUAACAGCUAUGGAACAUGCCCAAAUUAGACCUUUGGUUUAUCCCUAAAGUGGUGUAUGAAAAUGAUGCAGAUGAUGGAGAAAAGUUGGUCAUUAUGAUUUCUUAGAAUGUUCAUAAUAUGUUUUGUCUUCUAUGGAAAAACAGGACAUCACAGUGUUUUAUAUCUUGCUUAAUCAGAGCCCAGUAUCUUUUAUUAGGGGUCACAAACUUGUUGAAUAUCGAAAGCCAGGAAUCUGACUCUAAAUGGAAUUGCGUAUGGGGCAUACUCUGCCCACAGAGAAGAAUUUAGUGUGAGGUAGGAGUGUAAGAUGAUUAAGCAGAGUCCGUAGGCUGAGGCGACACAGAAGCAUCUUGUUGUGAGCCUUUCUUUGUGUCAGUCGAUCUUGCCAGGACCCUCUGAGCAGCCCCUUUCGUGCAGGUCCGCAGGGAGCUGGGUGUGGGCCAGUCGUGUGCCCUGGGACCCACUCCACUGGGCUCUUUAUUAUGAUUUUCCUAGGGUACUGCCUACCGAACUCUGUUUACACAAGCUGUGCUUUUGUUUGCCAUGUUUGUGUUAUCAAGGUCAGCUCGAGUUUAAAAACCAAGUGGACUUUGUGAUAGAUGGAGAUCUUGGCCCAUCAUCAGGCCACCCUGUCCACGUGGCAGGACUAAUGUCCUCAAGUCUGGGUGCCUGGCAGUGGGCUUGGUCGGGAGGCAGACACUGCUUUGGGAUCCAGAUCUGCUUGAGGGGUUAAUGACAAGCUCCCUGGAGCGGGACUGGGGGGGAGCUGGGGGUGAGCAGGAGCCCCAGGCUGUAGAUGGUGCUGCUGUCCCUGGUAGCUUGUGGGCUGGAGCCCACAGGUAUUCCUGACACCACCCCAGCCUUCCCUUGUGAGAUUGCUUUGUAAGCUGAAGCGAUAGUCCCCCAUGCUGGGUGAAGCUGAGAUGUGUGUUAAAGGAUUAUGUCCUCUCCAUAGGCCCACCUGGGGAGAUGGCAUGGUAGAGUGGGAAUAAGAAAACUAGUGAUGGCUUAGAAUCACAUUUUGACCAAUUUUACUGAGGUACAACUGAAGUCCACUAUGCUGUACGUGUUUAAAUCGUGUGAUUUGAUCAGUCUUGGUGUGUGUAUAUAGCCCUGGAACCAUCACCACCUUCAGGAUAGAAACAUCCCCAUCAUCUACUCGUGGGAAACCAGUGUUUCUAUGGUGACCUCUUCUAGCAGCUGAGUGGCCUCACACAAUCCAGAUCCUGGGCCCCAGCUGUCCCAGAAUCCACAUCCAUGAAAAAGUAGGAGUCAGGGGAAGGGGUCCUUCCCAGAGCUGACAUUCUAGAAGCUCGUGAGUGCUGAUGUGUAGUAGAACUGUCUUUUUGAAGCAUUGAGACCAGUGGUUCCUAAAGGGAUUAGGUGAGUGAUAGGUCCUGUGUAGUUCAGAAGAGCAUAUUCAAUAAAUUGUUUUCAUAGUAGAAAAUAAAAUCUUACAGUCUUUGUGGGGUGGGGAGAUACACAGAUGAUGGUGUGAAAAGUGAGGGACCUGGAUUAAAAUGGCUCAAGAGAUCACUUAAGUGUUAGUCACUUAGUCGUGCCGACUCUGACCCCAUGGACUGCAGCUCACCAGGCUCCUGUUCCAUGAGAUUUUCUAGGCAAGGAUACUGGAGUGGGUUGCCAUUUCCCUCUCCAGAAAAUAUCACUUGGGAGAGAGUUAUUCUUACAGUUUGGCUUUCAGGACCUUGGCCUCAAACUAAAAGUUCUUUCCUUACGUCGGUUUAAAUUUUUCAUCUGGAAGUUCUGUGUCAUUUUCUCUUGAAAAUGAUCAGAGUGAUAUUACACGGAAACGAUAUUAAAACAACAGAGGAAAUUAUGAAAAUAUUGAGCUGGCGAUCAAUUUUUGUCUUCAGUCAGACGUUCCAGAGUUCCUCUCCGACUGGUAAAGCAUGCAGGAGGAGGCAGGAGGCCUGUCAGGAAUGGCGGAAAAAGGCAGCAGUGAUGCUGACACUGGCAAGCAAGCUGAAGCGGGAUGACGGUCUCAAAGGAUCCCGGGCGUCAGCCACAGCCUCUGACUCCAGUCGGCGGGUGUCUGUGAGGGACAGGCUGCUUGUUAAAGAGGUUGCAGAACUUGAAGCUAAUUUACCUUGUACGUGUAAAGUGCAUUUUCCUGAUCCAAACAAGCUUCAUUGCUUUCAGCUAACUGUCACCCCAGAUGAGGGUUACUACCAGGGUGGAAAAUUUCAGUUUGAAACUGAAGUUCCUGACGCAUACAACAUGGUGCCUCCCAAAGUGAAAUGCCUGACCAGGAUCUGGCACCCCAACAUCACGGAGACUGGUGAGAUAUGUCUCAGCUUACUGAGAGAACAUUCGAUCGACGGCACCGGCUGGGCCCCCACAAGGACGCUGAAGGAUGUUGUUUGGGGAUUAAACUCUUUGUUUACUGAUCUGUUGAAUUUUGAUGAUCCACUGAAUAUUGAAGCUGCGGAACAUCAUUUGCGAGACAAGGAGGACUUCCGGAAUAAAGUGGAGGACUACAUUAAGCGCUACGCCAGAUGAUACGGGGAGAGGACUGCAGGGCCGCGGACUGUGCGUGAGAAGAUGGGCUCCACCCGCAACCAGAGGGAGCCUCUCCCCGGUCCUCGGCUCCCCUCAGUCCCGCCGGCUCAUCCGAGUCCUGUGACCGUGUUGUCCUGAGGAAGAACCUCUUCACGACCGCCCAUUGUAGCCGGAGAGUUCCACAUAAAUACAGCCAGAAAAUGUGUCUGGGGUCCUAAAGAGUUGUCUGCUUACCUUAACAUGUUUACUUUUUUGAAACUGUACUGUAUAGGCUGUUGAUGAGAAUGAACUCAGCGUCGAGGCUAGAGCUGCUUCUCCCCUCCCCCGUCAGUCCCGCGCAGGUGAUGCUCAUGACGUGCUCAGUGUAGCCCGCAGAUUGGCCGUCAGAAACCCGCUGCAAACUGUGAUUGGUGCGAAGUCUCUUAGCUCCUCCCACGAAUGUCGGCCCUGCCUAGGUGUCGUGAAGCUUCCCAGAAUGCAGAGUCAUUCACUGUAGAUCUCUUACUGAAAUGCGUAUUUUAUUUAAUGUAAGUAUAUUUUGGAACAGAUUUGUAAUUUGUACAAUUUAAUGCUUUAAUUAUUUUUUUCUAUUCUCAUUUAGUUUGUAUUUUCAUUGUAUAGAGCAGACAGAUGUUGGGUCAAGCAACUAUUGAGAAAUACAAAGAAAAUAUGAAAGGCACAGUA